UUACACAGGGGGAGCUUUGACAUCAUGGCGGCAUCUUCGGUAUUUAUGGUUAUGGCCAGCGGUCAGAUUGAAACAGCAGAGUUUCCCGAGUUUGAUGACAUCUACUGCAGAUAUUGUUACACACAUGGCCCAGAUUGGCUGAUUACUACGGGCAUGGAAGAGGGUAUCACACAGAUUACAAAGAAGAGUCGAGAUGAGAAGCAGAUAUUUGUGUGGAAUUUCCCCCUGGAUGUCACUUUCAAAAGCACCAACCCAUAUGGAUGGCCACAGCUGGUUAUUCAUGCCUAUGGUUUAGACGUGUUUGGUACAGAUGUUGUGCGAGGCUACGGAACCUGCCAUGUUCCCAUCACACCUGGCAGACACAAGAUCCGUGUUCCGAUGUUUGUUCCUGAGUCAUCCUCCCCUCUACAGAAGUUGACCAGUUGGUUCCUCGGUCGCCGACCUGAAUACGUGAACCCCAAGGUUGUGGCACAAGGUGAAGGUCGGGAAGGUAGGUACACUUGCAUCAUGUUUCCAUCUUGUCAAAGCUUUGAAUAGAUACUAAGCAAACUG